AUGGCUAGGGAAUCUCAACGCUCGUCGUCGUCGUCAUCGUCAGCAUCUAGCAUCUUCAAGCGCGGACCGUUCACAAGAUCAACCACCAGCCCACCCUCUUUGAACAGGCAGAAUUCGCACACUGCCCGUCAGGAAUGCAGCGUAUCACCACAAGGUGGAGCUACCUCUCUGCUGUUCAAGGUCGCAUCUGCCUCUCUCAGGACGUCCCCUAGGAGUAGCCCUCCAGCAUCUCCAAGACAAUGUCCUGUGGAUGUUCAAGAAGUGCAGUGGGAUGUGCUAAGCCGUCGGUUGUCUGAAAACCGUCAUGGCGAUCGAAGAAAUCAACAUGGUCACGAGUUUAUCCAGAAGGACAUGCCAGCUUCUCCAGGCUACCUCAAGAGGCUUGCCGAGGUUUUGUGA